GGUGUCGAAGACAGAAGCAGAUGUUAGACAGCUGUUUCUAUCCACAUACUAAAUGUUACUUGUUAUCUUUCACAAAAAGAGCAGUUUCUAUUUGCACGGUCAGAAAUUCUGCUGUCUGUGGUAUUUUUAAGUGUAUAUCUAUGCGUUGAAAUUCUUGGAAUGAUUAAUACUUGAUGGUGAAUACAUAAAGGAUUGCCGUGUAUUAUAAAUGCAUUUACAAGGAUUUAAAUCUUGAUAACAUUUGCUUCUGGUAAUCAGGAUGGAGUUUAAUGGCACAAAUCAAUCUAAAGCAACUUUUGUCUGCUAUGGAUUGCAAACGUUUGAGUACAGGCCUACAGUAGCUUACAUUUAUACGUUACUAUUUACGGCCACCUUUAACAUUGUAGUUGGUACUAUUUCGACCAUGGCUAACUCGCUGGUGAUUUUUGUAAUUUUGAAGGACAAGCAGCUUCGUACCAAAACGAACCAAUUGCUGAUGUUGCUAGCCGUCACUGACGUUCUUGUUGGGGCAGUCACCAUACCGUUAUCAGUUACAAACCGUAUAACAGCGAUGCAUGAAAUACACUUAUGCAGUUUACACGCGUGGCAUUCGUUCUUUGCAUACCUAUUGUGCGUCUGGUCGGUAGCUGGCGUUUGCGCCAUCAGUGUUGAUCGAUACGUCGCCACCAACCACGCCGUAAUGUUUAGAAGGGCAUCAUAUCAUCGCAAGAAGAAGAAAAUGCUGCUCUCCUUCUGGGUACUUUGGCUGUUUUUUAUUCCCUUGCCGUAUCUUAAACUGGUUAGUUUCAAAAUUUACAAUAUGUUAGUUUCUGGUAUAAUUAGUGUUUCACUUGUAGUGGUCUGCUCGUGUUAUUUCAAAGUCAUCCAAAAGUUGAAGUCGAAUGCUAAGAAACAGCAAGAAAACCAGGAUUCUUCGAUACCAAGAACAUUUACCCGGCAAGCAUCACAUUUUGUUGUCAAAAAGACGAUUACGAUUUCGGCUCUAGUUACACUGGCGUUUUUCAUAUCUUUAUCUCCGAGAUUCGUCAUGAUUCUUGUCCUAGCUAUCAUUGGAAGGGACUUCAACAAGGUUGCUAUAUCAGGGAUGUAUACCGAGUCUUUUGUGUACUUAAACAGUGCUGUUAAUCCAAUUAUUUAUUUGUGGAGGCUACCGGACGUUAGAAGAGCAGUUUUUCAUAUUUUUCAACGAGUACGUCAUUGAAGGUGAGUUCGGAAUUCUGAGGAAGAAGAGAAAUGGUAUACAGUAGGUAUAGUGCCCUGGAUCUUGCUUUUACAUACGUUUGAUCUUUUGACCCUCGAUGUUAGCUGUAUAUAAAGGUCAAGCAACUGUAUCUACUGUAUUGUGGCUUCCUUAGACAAAACUUGUGAGGGCAAUCGUUUACGUCGCGUGAUUGGUGACAUCCAAUUCAACGGAUAGUUUGCGGGAAGAGUCGAGACAGGCAACGAGCAAAAAUGAACGAGUAAUGACUGAAAACGCCUAAAACUAUUAGAUAGAAUUACGCUUUGCUUUUGGAAUAUAUGUAUCUAUGUAAAUUUAACUGAAAUGAUGAUUCGCUACAGAUGUAUAUAAAAUGGAACAAUCGCUGUAUUCAUUCGCAUUUAUCUUUGAUAUCAUUUCGUAAACAAGAAGCAGAAGCCCACAACUUGCAUCCAGUGGCGGUUUUUGGGACUAGGGGCCCGGGACCACAAACAUCUGCGGGGCCCUUGUUCUUUACAAUUUCCAUCUUUUCCAUCUUUACAAUUUCCAUCUUUUCACGGGGCCUGGGGCCAUGGCCCCCCUGGAUUCCCCCUUAAAACCGCCACUGCUUGCAUCGGGAGAAAGACCAAUUCAUCUAAUAUUCAAAAUUUCUUCUAAUUCUAGUUUGGAUGUUAUUUCUAACAUCUAUUCUAUUCAUAUGCGCCGUGUUAGUAAGCAUAGUUAUGUCGUGUUGCUGCAACUGCUUAUGCUUCAGCAGCGUUGAAUACUGUCAGCGCUGAGCAAGGCAGAUGCUCUCAAGCAAAGAUGCAAAGCUAGCUACAAAACGAGAGUCGAGCCCCACCUUCCGUCAUAGCCUGCGUGCAAACUUCACUUUCCGUUGCGAAGGA